AUGCAUCUCAAAAGACUCACGCAUGACAUAUGUAAAGAACAUAUACAUUAAGCCGCACCUAUUUAAGUGUUUCUCCGUCAUAUAUCUUGACUCAACUUACUGGAACCACUGUUCAUUUAUUGUGUAAGGCUCACUUAUCAUGGGUUCAGCGGUCUAUCCAAAGUUUGAAGUUGGUGACCAUGUAGCUCUCAUGGAGUUUGCCCUCACUCAAGCAAAGAAGUCACCGCCAGCUGCCAACAAGUUCUGCGUCGGGGCCGUACUUGUUGACGCAGCCAAAGGCAGAGUUAUAUCGACAGGCUACUCGCUAGAAUAUCCGCGAGACUAUAAAGGAGACCCAGGGACAACACACGCAGAGCAGUGUUGUUUUAUUAAGAUCGCUGAUGAGCACAACCUUCCUGAAGGACGCAUUCACGAGGUCCUUCCAACAGAUACGUCACUGUAUACAACCAUGGAACCUUGCAAUGAGAGACUGAGCGGCAACAUGACUUGCGUGACUAGGAUCUUGAGACUCAAGAGCGCCAUCAAGACUGUUUAUGUGGGGAUCAGGGAACCAGGGACCUUUAUUGCAAACAAUGACGGACAGCAAAGACUUGAAGCAAAUGGUGUCAAGGUCGUGUACCCCGUUGAACACUGGCGUGACAGGAUCAUUGAGAUCUCAAUGGCUGGGCACUGACUGGUUUAAAUCGGUUCAGCUGAGAAAGGACUGACCCCGGAAUGUUCCGUAAAAGCUACUAGGCUCAAGACGACAAUAUGUCUUCUUGCACCCUCUCAUACAACACUUUCUACCAAC